AUGGGUCUCAUCACCAAAGCCAAGUCCGCCGCCCCUCGCGCCGACUCGGGCUCAGGCGGCGGCGUCAAGUACAUCUGCAACGUCUGCAGCAACGACAUCACUUCGACCGUGCGCAUCCGAUGCGCCAGCAAACAGUGCCCCGACUACGAUCUCUGCGUCCCGUGCUUUGCGCGCGGUGAAUCAAACCUCCAUCACAACCCGCGGGAACACCCGUACCAGGUGAUCGAGCCACACAGUAUCCCGAUCUUCGACGGAGGAUGGGGCGCCGAUGAAGAGCUGCUACUUUUGGAAGGUGCGGAGCAGUAUGGGCUGGGGAGCUUUCAGGACAUCGCCGACCAUAUUGGCGGCUUUCGAGAGAAGGACGAGGUGCGGGACCACUACGUCCAGACAUACAUCGACUCCUCGAACUUCCCGCUACCUGAGCGCGCAGAUCCAGGAGACAAGAGGCUGAGCGAACAAAUACCAAGAGAUGAAUUCCAGCAGAACAAGAAGAGGAGGAUAGACGAGCGCAAGAAAGCCAAGGAAGAUGAACCUCCAGCUGCAGCUGCUCAGGUCAAGUCCUCGCAGCCGAGUUGCCAUGAGGUCUCAGGAUAUAUGCCAGGUCGACUGGAGUUUGAGACUGAAUACUUCAACGAAGCUGAAGAAGCGGUGCAGCAUAUGCAGUUCUCGCCCGAGGAAGGCUGGAAUCCUGUCACAAAGACGUUCGAUCCGGAGACAGAGCUCAAGAUGGUGGUUAUGCAGAUCUAUAACGACCGACUUACGGCACGUACAGAUCGCAAGAAGGUCAUCUUCAACCAUCGACUGCUUGAAUACAGAAAGAACCAAGCAAUCGAGAAGAAGCGCACGAAAGAACAGCGAGACCUGCACCACAAAUUGAAGCCCUUCGCGAGGAUAAUGUCCCAUGCGGAUUUUGUAAACUUCUCUGAAGACUUGGAGAAGGAGCACAAUCUGCGACAAGCAAUCGCUCAACUGCAAGAUUGGCGACGACAUCGCAUCUCCACACUUGCCAACGGCGAGAAGUACGAGACCGAGAAAGCCGCAAGACUUGCCCGGAGCGCGUCGCAACUUGGCGCAUUCGACCGCAUGUCCAACGGAGUGCGACCCAGUAAACCCCAGGCGAACGCCGGAGUACCUGAAGUCCCACAGGCAGUGGUUGAAUAUACCACCAAAGCAGACCUCCCCGUCCGACUCUCACCCACGAAUCAACAGAAUCAAGCAAAUGGCGCACCCCCAGGCGACACUCCCAAGCGACCGCCGCUGCAACCCAUUCCCAAUCUCAGCCCCGCAAACUGGGACGAAGAAUCAGCACCAGAUUUCCAGCUCCUCCUACCAGCCGAGCAAGACCUCUGCAACAAGCUGCGACUACAUCCCAAAGCGUACAUUUGCAUCAAAGACGCAGUACUGAGGGAGGCGAUGAAGUCGGACGGCAAGCUCAAAAAGAAGAACGUGAGGGAGAUUAGCAGGAUUGAUACCACGAAGGGAGGGAGAGUGUUUGAGUUUAUGUGCGAUAUGGGCUGGUUGGGCAACGCGGCGAAGUCGUGA